GGGGUUGGCGGAGACGGAGCUUCAAAGUUCAACCCACGCAAAGAAGCAAGCCUCGCGGUGUUUGCCCCUUGCGGAGCCCCUUCGCCAAGCCGGUCCUCCAGACUCAGGACGCCACCAAAGCGCGUUCUCAAAGUCAUGAAUCCUGUUUAUAGUCCUAGUUCUUCUGGGGUUCCCUAUACAAAUGCCAAAGGAAUUGGUUAUCCAGCUGGUUUCCCCAUGAGCUAUGCAGCAGCAGCUCCUGCCUACUCCCCCAACAUAUACCCUGGAGCAAAUCCUACCUUCCAAACAGGUUACACUCCUGGCACACCUUAUAAAGUGUCCUGUUCCCCCACCAGUGGGGCGGUGCCACCAUAUUCCUCCUCCCCCAACCCAUACCAGACUGCUGUCUACCCUGUGCGAAGUGCCUACCCCCAGCAAAGCCCAUAUGCACAGCAAGGCACAUUCUACACACAGCACCUGUAUGCAGCACCCCCUCACGUCAUCCACCACACCACAGUGGUGCAGCCCAACGGCAUGCCGGCGACAGUGUACCCUGCUCCCAUCCCUCCUCCAAGAGGCAACGGGGUCACCAUGGGUAUGGUGGCUGGGACCACUAUGGCCAUGUCGGCAGGUACCCUGCUUACUGCCCACUCCCCAACUCCUGUCGCCCCCCACCCAGUCACUGUGCCCACCUAUCGGGGUCCAGGAACGCCCACCUACAGCUACGUGCCCCCUCAGUGGUGAUCACCUGCAAAUCCUCAUCUACCUGGAGCCAGAGAAAGGCCAGGUCUGCCAUGUAGUGACCUAUGACAUCAUGGACUUAGGUGAGCAAAGAGGAUAACAGCUGCUGGCUGGUGAUGGGUUGCUGUGAUACUCACACUAGGUGAUAUUAAUAAAUUGCUUGUUCCCAUCCCUCUAGUCACAACACUGCCUGCUGAAUAACUGGACCCCGAUCCCAUACUCACUCUAGUGCUUAGACCCAAUCUACUCCUGUGCAUGAACAGACCAAGGUCUCCCUUCCCAGUUCUCCUGCCAUUGGAGAGAGGUUGGCAGGGUCUUCCAACCCCCUACAGGUAAUAACCAGGAAGGAACCCACAUUGUCCCCAGUGGGCUGGACUUGACAUCUGUUCACCCCAACAACUUUCAUAGGAGAUAAAACUUGUGCUUUCCCUAUCGGACAAGGCCAGAAGGAAGGAGUCCAUCUAACCAGUCCAGUGAACCUUGGCUAAAUGCCAGUUGGCAUAUGGAGUGUAAAUAAACACUGUAAAAGACACAUAAAUUUGCUCACUGUAUGAAGAACUCCAAAAUUUGCUAUGAACAGCCCACAGGAUGUUCAAGAGGCAGCCCAUCCUACUCCUGCUCUCUACUCUGGCCCAAGGAAAUCCUGGGGCUGAUCCCAAGCCCUCUGCUCCAAGGAGCCUUCUCUGACUUAAUCUCCCACAGAACUAGGGACACUUCUAAAACAAUGUUGAAGGAUGAGGGCAUUUGGGCAGGUGAGGGAGUGGAACCUAGAAGAUUCCUGGAAAAGAGUAACAUGUUGCCCGGUCUUUAGCCUGCAGGGCAACUUCUGAGCAGGCAGGUGGGCCGGGGCAGCAGGCAGGCAGAGGAGCCUCCAGCACAGGUGGGUGGGCAGGCCAGAUGCAGGUGUGCUCAUGUGCUCUAGGAAGCAGGCACCCAGCUCGCUCAGGUGGGGGCACUCCGUGUUGAACUUCUGCUCCAGUGCCUUCACAAAGGCCUUAUGGCACCCGUAGAUGUCCUCGAUGUUCCCGAAGAUGGUGCGCAGCUGCUCCUCACUGAACAUGUUGGUGCAUUUGUGACACUGCCUGAUGUAGCCCUGGGGACAGGAUCCGGUGGUCAGGUCCCUCCUCAACCCCACCGCACCGCAGAGGGCCUCACCUCGCAGCUAUCCCGUAGGUGCUUGAUAUAGUCCCACUCCCUGCUGAGGAUCUCGUUGAUGACUGUGUGCAUCUGGUUCCUGCUGCUAUUUCGAGCCUCAGCCCCACCAUUGCCUGCCCUUGUCCCAGGGCUUAUCCUGGUUCACCCACAGCUACAGGCAAGGCGGCCGGUCAGUGCCAAGCAAGGAUUGAUGCCUCUCAUGCCUGUGGCUGUGUAGUAACUGGGGCUCUGAGAGCUGUUAGGGCACACAGGGACAAGCUCCCACCACCCUCAAACAAUGCUCAUCUGGACAGGGGGACUACAGGUCCGAUGACCAUUGCAGUUGUCGGUGACAUCUGAGACCAUGUCUCCUCCGAAGGUGCUCUGCUUACAUUUGGCUUGUGCUGGACGCAGGGCUUGGAAUAAAGGAUUGCCCACUACAGUUUCUGAACUGUGCUUGCUCAUACUGGGCUCUUUAUCUGUAGAGACCAGGAGAGAAGUGGAUGGUGAUGUGGCCUUGUUGGCUCUCUGACCCAUAACUAGGAAAGGCUUGGAGUACACCACAGACAGUUGAUCUAGGGCAGUGGUCGGCAAACUGUGGCUCGUGAGCCACAUGCGGCU